AUAUAUGGAUAGAAUGCGUAUAAAUUAUCUGGAGAAAAGGGACAACCAUUAAAGCAGGCGGUGGCGGCGAGAUUAUUGGGGGACAAAUAUGCAGUGAUUAACUGUACGUUCAUGGGUUUACAAGACACCCUUUGGGAUGCUUCGGGUAGACAUUACUUCAGAAAUUGCUACAUUUCUGGCUGCAUCGAUUUCAUUUGGGGUUAUGGUCAAUCCAUCUAUGAGGGAUGCCACUUGCACGUGGAGUUAGAACCAGUGCCGGAGAAAGAGAGCGGAUGCAUAACGGCACAAGGGCGACAGUGGGAGAGCGAAGAGAAUGGAUUUGUGUUCAAAGGCUGCACUAUGAGCGGCGGCAAGGCGCUGUUGGGAAGAGCUUACGGACCUUAUUCACGUGUCAUCUUCUACCAAUGCGACCUCUCUGAUUCUGUUCUUCCCCUUGGCUGGGAUUCUUGGGACCGCAAGGGCCAAGAGUAAGCAAAUGCCCUCCCUCCCUCUCUCUCUCUCCAGUGUUUUGAGAUUGAAAUCAAUGUCUUGAUUCUUGAAAGGGGCAAGAUCACGUACGUGGAGGCACAGAACAAAGGGGCGGGAGCGGACACGUCAGGGAGAGUGCCGUGGUUGAAGAAGAUGAGUGACGACGAGCUCAACAAGUUCGUGAGCCUUUCCUACAUCGACCAAGAUGGCUGGAUUGCGAAGCUUCCUCCCGCGGCUCUGGCUUGAUUAUAUUUACUACACCAUAAUGAAUGUGAUCCUUCUCCUCACCAUGAUUCCAUCCCCAAGUAUUCGAUACAUUUGAUGUAAUAUUUAUAAUGUUGCCAAACUGGCUGUUCCCCAUCAAAAGAACAAAAGGUUACGACAUCACUUGAUUUUAAUUUGCUUUUGGUCUCAAAAACAUCAAGGGCAGAAGCACCGUUCAAAUUGCUGAGAUGAGUUUCUGUCAAUGCCAUUGGACCCAAACACUGAACAGAGAGACAAAGCAAUAGCAAUAACACUAGAGAAGAACAUAAUAAAAUACCUGCGAUGAAUUCUGAUGUCGCUAUUCAAUCAGAACCCUGAUUACGAUGAA